UGCCUGGCUGCCGGGCGGCGGCGGCGGCUCCGCGGCGGCGGCGGCUCCCGGGCUGAGCAGCGGCUCCGGGCUCCCUCCUCCGCCUCCCCGCGAGGUCCCGGCCCGCCCCGGCCUGCCCGGGCGGGGAUGAGGCGUUGCGGAGGUGGCACAAAGGCUCCUCCGGGGCUGCCCGUUGCCUAACGCGGCCCAGCGCCCCCCGGGCCGGCUCUGCCGCCGACUCCGUGCUUGUGCCUCGCCGGCCCUCGGCCUCCGCAGCCGCCCGCAGCCGCGCGGGAGGAUGUCGGAGGAUCAGGACAUGGACAAGAUGAUCAAGGAAACCUCCAUUUUAGAGGAGUACAACAUUAACUGGACUCAGAAGCUGGGAGCUGGGAUCAGUGGUCCUGUUAGAGUCUGCAUGAAAAAAGCCUCUCAAGAACGCUUUGCACUGAAAAUCCUUCUUGAUCGUCCAAAAGCUAGAAAUGAGGUACGUCUGCACAUGAUGUGUGCAACACAUCCCAAUAUUGUUCAGAUUAUUGAAGUUUAUGCUAACAGUGUGCAGUUCCCACAUGAAUCCAGCCCAAGGGCUCGGCUCCUAAUUGUAAUGGAGAUGAUGGAAGGGGGAGAGCUAUUUCACAGAAUCAGCCAGCACCGGCACUUUACUGAGAAGCAAGCAAGCCAAGUAACAAAGCAGGCAACUUUGGCUUUGCAGCAUUGCCACUCACUAAACAUUGCACAUAGAGACCUCAAGCCUGAGAAUCUCCUCUUCAAGGAUAACUCUCUGGAUGCUCCUGUUAAAUUGUGUGACUUUGGAUUUGCCAAAGUAGACCAAGGUGACUUGAUGACACCACAGUUCACUCCAUAUUAUGUAGCACCUCAGGUAUUGGAGGCACAAAGACGGCAUCAGAAAGAAAAAUCUGGUAUUAUCCCCACCUCUCCAACACCUUACACUUACAACAAGAGCUGUGACUUGUGGUCCCUGGGUGUCAUUAUUUACGUGAUGCUGUGUGGAUACCCUCCGUUUUACUCCAAACACCACAGUCGGACAAUUCCAAAGGACAUGCGGAAAAAGAUCAUGACAGGAAGUUUUGAAUUCCCAGAGGAAGAGUGGAGCCAGAUCUCAGAAAUGGCGAAAGACAUUGUGCGAAAGCUGCUGAAGGUCAAACCUGAGGAGCGUCUGACCAUUGAAGGUGUGCUGGACCAUCCCUGGCUCAACUCCACUGAGGCACUUGAUAACAUCCUCCCCUCUGCCCAGAUGAUGAUGGACAAGGCAAUGGUAGCAGGGAUACAACAGGCUCAUGCAGAGCAGCUUGCAAACAUGAGGAUCCAGGACCUGAAAGUCAGUCUCAAACCUCUUCACUCCGUCAACAACCCAAUCCUGCGCAAAAGGAAACUACUGGGCACUAAGCCGAAGGAUGGUGUUUAUAUCCAUGACCCUGAGAAUGGAAGCAACGAUUCCAACGUGGCUCUGGAAAAGCUGAGAGAUGUGAUUGCUCAGUGCAUUCUACCACAGGCUGGUAAAGGAGAGAAUGAAGAUGAGAAGCUGAAUGAAGUGAUGCAGGAGGCAUGGAAGUAUAAUAGAGAGUGUAAGUUACUGCGAGACACUCUUCAGAGCUUCAGCUGGAACGGCAGAGGAUUCACAGACAAAGUGGAUCGACUAAAACUGGCAGAAAUAGUAAAACAAGUGAUCGAAGAGCAGACAAACUCCCAUGACUCUCAAUAGCUGGAGCUUCUUAAUCUUAUUUUUUUUACCAUUUAAGAUUUAUUCUUUAACUGUAAAAAGUAUUUUUAUGUAAAUUAAUAAAUCAUAAUUAUUUCAUUAAA